AUGGUAACUUUGGUAAUCGGUGUAACUGAUGAUGGUUAUGGAUCUGGAAAACCAGGACCACCAAGGCCUAGAGGCCCAAGAGGAGCUAAGGGAGAUAAAAGUAGCCCAGGAGCUGCGGGGGCUCAAGGAGAUACGGGAGAGAAAGGUGAUGAGGGUCCUAGAGGAGAUGACGGAACUGAUGGGACCGAUGGAAGCGAUGGUGCGCCCGGGGCCACAGGAGCUCAAGGGCCUAAAGGAGAUGCUAGAGCCACAGGGCCUCAGGGACCUCAAGGGCAAGAAGGCAUUAUAGGUCUAACAGGUCCUAGAGGUCAUCAGGGGCCUAAAGGAUAUAUUGGAGCCACAGGACCUCAAGGGCCUAAAAGAGAUACUGGAGCCACAGGGCCUCAAGGGCCUAAAAGAGAUGCUGGAGCCACAGGGCCUCAAGGGCCUAAAGGACGUCAAUGA